AUGGGAGAAUUCAUUGAAGAAGAUAUUAAAACUGGGAGAAUCACUAAUUUGGCAGCCUUACAAGCAACAAGUAAAGCAAUUCAGUCAGAUUCAAUUGGAGGAGCCUUUAAGAAGAAGAAGGACGGAGUGUCCGCUGUCAUGACCAUCCAGGAACGUAGGCCAAACCAAAUGUUAACAUACCAAAACCCUUUACCCCAACCUUCAUACCAUAAUCAGUAUACCCAAGUCCCUCAACCAUAUUACCAGCCUUCUGUCGCCCCUUAUCCAGUUUACACUACUCAGCCAAUAUAUUAUCCAUCCAGAGCGCCCACUUAUCGAAAUCCCUCACAAUACCGACCUACAUACCCACCUCAAUCCCAUUAUCAAACACAAAUUCGCCCAUCAAAUCCACCAAGGCCCCGCCCAAACUUUGAAAGAAGACCACCCAAAACCUAUACACCUUUAGCCGAACCUUUAUCCCAACUAUAUGAAAGAGCUGCUGGACAUGACACCGAGAACUGUCUUACUCUCAAGGACAAGAUUGAGGCAUUAAUCAAAGAAGGAGUUAUUCAACUCAGGGGUGCUGCCCCCAAUGUAAAUAACAAUCCUCUUCCAAAUCAUGAGAAUGUGAACAUGAUCACCAUUGAUGAAGAAUGCAAUUUGGAAGGGACUAUUUUGCCAAUCAAAGAAGAGAAGAAUGUUAUGGCAUCUGCCUUUAUUGCUCCCAUUAUCACAAUCCAGGCGCGAGCGCCAUUUGAAGUGGAAGUUUUGGUUCCUAAACCUAAGAUUACGGUUUUGGUUGCUCAAUCAACUCAUUUUGAUACUAAAGCAGUUCCCUGGAGUUACUCAACUGACACAAAGGACAAAGGGAAAGGAAAGGUAGUUAUAGAAGUUGCUGCUGCCGGAAUGACAAGAUCGGGGCGAUGUUACGCCCCUGAAGGUGUUGCACGAAUCGUACCGAAUAAGGAAGUUAACCAAAAGAAAGUUGUGACAGAAGCUGAAAUAGAGGAUUUUUGGAGGAAAAUGCCAACAAAAGAAUAUUCUGUUGUUGAACAGUUGAAGAAGACUCCCGCCCAAAUUUCCUUGAUGUCCUUAUUGAUGAGUUCUGAAACUCACAGGAGCGCUUUGGUGAAAGUUCUAAGUGAAGCUUAUGUUCCGGCCAAUAUCACAAGUGAGAAUCUUUCAGCCAUGGUAGGGCAGGUUUUGUGUAGGGACAAGUUUGUUUCUAGAGUUCUGAUUGACAAUGGUUCAGCUGUUAACAUAUGUCCUUUCAAUACCCUUCGAGCUUUGGGAAUUAAUAUCGGGAAAAUUCGUGAAAGCCAUGUGAGGGUUAGAGGUUUUGAUGGAACACAAAGGGGAGUCAUUGGCGAAAUUGAUUUGCCACUACAAAUUGGACCCGAGGAGUUCGUGGUAGAAUUCCAAGUAUUGGACAUACCUGCUAGUUACAAUUUAUUGUUUGGGAGGCCUUGA